CAUAUCGUGAGCUUGCUGUCCGCUUUCCCGUUCUACCUUUUCUUCUCAUACAUAUUUUUUUUCUCCUCUUAAUAUCAUUAUCAUUUGAGGCAUAUCAUCAACCAUGGGCGGCGAAGAACCUACUCCUGAGAACUACACUCUGCUCCAGGGCUUUGAGUGGAAUGUUCCUGCUGAUGGCAAGCACUAUGUUCGUUUGAACGGUGCCAUGCCCGCAUACAAGCACAUUGGUAUCUCCAACAUCUGGCUCCCUCCCGGCUGCAAAGCCAGCUCCCCCAACGGCAACGGCUACGACGUCUACGAUCUCUACGACCUCGGCGAAUUCGACCAAAAGGGCGGCAAGGCCACCAAAUGGGGCACGAAAGAUGAAUUGAUGACCCUCUCCAAAUCCGCAAAGGACUCUGGCAUCGGUCUCUACUGGGACGCGGUGCUCAACCACAAAGCCGCCGCCGACAAGAAGGAAAAAUGCCACGUCAUCGAAGUCGACUCCAACGACCGCGACAAGCAAAUCUCGGACCGUCAUGAGAUCACCGCAUGGUUGGGCUUCAACUUUGAGGGCAGAGGCGACAAGUACAGCAAGCAGAAGUACCAUUGGUACCAUUUCGGCGGUACGGAUUAUGAUGCUGAAAGUGGACGCAAUGCUAUCUUCCAGAUCCAGGGUGAGGGUAAGGGAUGGAGUGAGAGUGUAGACGAUGAGGGCGGUAAUGCCGAUUUCCUCAUGUUUGCCGAUCUCGACUACUCUCACCCCGAGGUGUGCGAGGACGUCACAAACUGGGGCAAGUGGAUUGUUUCCGAAGUAGGACUCCGAGGCUUCAGACUCGACGCCGUCCAGCACUUCUCCCAGCGCUUCACAAAAGAAUGGAUCGAGGCGUUGAGAAAGGAACACGGAGAUCUCUUCUACGUCGGCGAAUUCUGGACCGGCAACAAGCAAGAUCUCGUCGACUGGGUAAACCAGAUGGACAGGAAAUUCUCCCUCUACGACUCCCCUCUUCUCAACAACUUCUCAAACAUCAGCAAGGGCGAAGCCGCAGAUCUCCGAAAAGUUUUCGACGACACUCUGGUUCAGGAAAUGCCCGUCAACGCCGUGACCGUCGUAGUAAACCACGACACCCAGCCCGGCCAAACCGUCGAAACCCCCGUCGAAGGCUUCUUCAAGCCCCUCGCUUACUCCCUGAUCCUCCUCCGCCGCGACGGCUACCCCUCAGUUUUCUACGGCGACCUCUACGGCAUGAAAGGCGACAACCCGGAACCCCCAUCCUGCGGCGACAAACUCGCCGACCUCGUCCUCGCGAGAAAACUCUACGCUUACGGCGAAUUGAACGAUUACUGGAACGAUGCAAACUGUAUCGGUUGGGUGAGAAGAGGUACACAUGAUAGAAAGGACGGAUGUGCGGUUGUGAUGAGCAAUACCGGGCCUGGAGAGAUUCAGAUGCACGUGGGCCCUGAGCAUAAGGGUGAAGUGUGGACGGAUAUCUUGGGCUGGGAGCAAGGAGAGGUUACUAUUGAUGAGGAAGGUAAUGGUGUGUUCAAGUGUCCUGGAUGCAGUGUUGCUGUUUGGGUCAACAAGGAUGCCGAGGGCAGAGAGAACUUCCCUGUCAAUUUUGACAGCGACAUUUACAAGGAGGCUGGCAAGGAGAAUGGUGAUGAGGAAAAGAAGGAUGAGGAGAACAAGGAAUAGAAGACGCAAUGGAUAUAUGAAGGAAGCUUCACAGCAGCGCGGAAUUUUCGGAUCAAAUUACGAAAGAAGGGAAUAGCGAUAAACACAAGAGA